AGAAAAUCAACAGCACUCAGUUGCCACCCUGACAGCACAGCAGCACCUGUAGACAAUCAGCUCAUUAGGCCCUGAUUGGCUGCAAGCUGCAAUAAAGCCUCCUUUCUGCUGCUCAGACAAGCAGAGCAAGUCACUUCGGGGCUACUGGUUCUUUACUGCUGUCUUGGAACAGAGAGAGAGAGAGAAAUAUGACUUGUGGAGUUCAUUUGGGGAUUUUCCUUGUUGUCUUGGUUCAAGCAGAGCAUGUGCGCUGUUUGUGGGCUUCACAAGCAGCUCAGAGCAAGAACAACAACACAUAUGUUGGCUUCAGGCAAAAUAAUCGGGAAGCUGGUGUCAACUAUCUCCAGAAUCGACUCAGACAGGCUCAAAGCAGAAACUUAAACAUACCUUCAGCUGUGGCCAGUCGUUUUAGCUGGGGGCCUUCUACUGGUGGCUACACACAAACUGUUUCACAGCCAGCUAAAAGUGGCUUAGCUAAAGUCAGGUUAGUGCAGGGCAGCUCAGUGUCAAAACCUAACUUGAAUCGUGUGCCUAAACAGCGUUUUCAUGGCCUUUCUAGUGCUAUUGUCGGUAGCGGUUCUCUGAGUAAGAGCAGCAACAAGGACACGGGGAAGUCUUCCAGCCUGUUUGGUGCCGGUGCUCCUGAGCCAAACCAAACCCCUGCACGGACCAAAACUUCCUCCAGUGUUCGUGCUAAGCUAGUGUCUAAAACGGAUAAACCUUCCCGUCCCUCAGCUCCUAAAAACCCCAGCCAGACUGAGGUUGUGAACCCAUACAAGAGUAAACUGUUUUCAGGGAAUGCAGGAAAUGCCAGAGGAAGCUACAAGGCUACUUCCAUGGCCUCAAGUUAUGGCACUUCUCUUGAGUCCAAUGUAGGAAAUGGUCCCAUCUUCAAGCCUCACAGUUACUCAACGAGCUACGACUCCAAAUCAUCCAGAGAGGGAACCUCUGGUAAGAAGUUAGCCCCGACCAAGACCCACAUCAUCCCUGAUCAAUUUGGUGGCUAUGCUAUCAGACGAAUGAAGGCUCCUGGGCAGGAGAAAGUGAGUGUCAGGAAGCCCCAGCAGGCCUACCAGACUCCCAUCAAGGCCUACGUGGCCCCUCAGCGGCAAGCAACAAACCAGGCCUACAAUGCUCCCCAGCAGCAGACUCUCAACAGGGUCUACGAGACUUCCAACAAGGCCUACGAGACUCCCAACAGGACUCCCAACAGGGUCUACAAUGCUCCCAACAGGGCCCACAAGACUCCCAACAGGGCCCACGAGACUCCCAACAGGGCCCACGAGACUCCCAACAGGGCCCACGAGACUCCCAACAGGGCCCACGAGACUCCCAACAGGGCCCACGAGACUCCCAACGGGGCCCACGAGACUCCCAACAGGGCCCACGAGACUCCCAACAGGGCCCACGAGACUCCCAACAGGGCCCACGAGACUCCCAACAGGGCCUACGAGACUCCCAACAGGACCCCCAACAGGGCCUACGAGACUCCCAACAGGACCCCCAACAGGCCCUACGAGUUUCCCAACAGGCCCUACGAGUUUCCCAACAGGCCCUACGAAACUCCCAACAGGCCCUACGAAACUCCCAAGAAGGCCUACGUAGCCCCUCAGCGGCAAGCAACGAACCAGGCCUACGAGGCUCCCAACAGGGCCUACGUGGCCCCUCAGAGGCAGGCUGAACCCCAGGCCUACAUCUUUCCUCAGGUUGCUCCUCUCAAGUCCCGAGUGCUCACAUAAAUGCCAAAUGGUUUCGUGUCAGUCCAAAGUGGGGACAAUGGCAGGUGCAGCUGGUGUCCUCGGAUGAAUAUUUAGUUUUUUUUAAAUGAAAUAAAUACAUGAAUUUACCACCUGGUUGUGUCUUUACUUCACCUUGUAUUGUGGGAUGGUGAAUGCCUAAGCAUGAGUGCUUGUGGCUUGGUGCCCUCUAGUGUCUAGUGCAAAAAUGUUUCCUUUACAAAACAAAUUUGCAAAAUGUAUCUUAAUACUUUACAGCGCUGACAAAAGAUUGUGAAAAUCCC